GGUACUUUCCCCCGUGGGCUGUGAGACUCUGCGCUGCUUCAUUCAGAGCAUCUCUCUGUCGGACACGCAGCGUGAACUCGGAUAAACUCGGUGUGAUCGGCGAGCUGAGGCUUUAAAAGGAUUUAAAAUGUUCAUCGUGGCUUUUCUGCUGCUGUGGGGUCCAGGACUAACGGAGAGCGCCGACACUCACUCCCUCCAUUACAUCUACACGGCGCUCUCCAAACCCGUCGGCCUCCCGGGCAUCCACGAGUUCACAGCCAUGGGUUUGCUGGAUAAGAGGAUGAUCGACUACUUUGACAGCGAGAAUCAGGUGAAAGUUCCCAAACAGGAGUGGAUGAGAGAGCGUUUACCUGCUGAUUACUGGGAUAAAGGCACACAGUCCCGCAAGAGCAAGCAGCAGUGGUUCAAGGUCAACAUCGGCAUCCUGAUGGAGCGAAUGAGACAGAAUGACUCUGCCAACCCUCAUGUUCUUCAGUGGAUGCACGGCUGUGAGGGUGAAACUCAGCCUGACGGCACGCUGAAGUUUGUCCAAGGCAUGGACAUGUACAGCUACGACGGAGGAGACUUCCUGUCCUUCGAUGAUAAAAACGGAGUCUGGGUCGCUCCGACUCCACAGGCAGAACCCACCAAGAGGAAGUGGGACGGCGUCCAGGUGCUGAAAGAGUACACCAAGGGAUACCUGGAGAACGAGUGCAUCGAUUGGCUGAGCAAGUUUGUGAAUUAUGGACAACAGCAGCUAAAAAAGAAAUCUCCACCUGAGCUGCACGUGUUUGCAAAGAACUCCAGAGUGCAGACAAACAUCGUCCUCACCUGCCUCGCCACAGGCUUCUACCCCAAAGACGUCACAGUGACGAUCAGGAGGAACGGACGUGUCCUGACUGCAGACGAUGGUCUGAAGAGCUCGGGACUUCUCCCCAAUAACGACGACAUGUUCCAGAGGAGAGAGUACGUGGAGGUUUUAAAGUCUGACCCGUCUCCGUACAGCUGUGAGGUCUUUCACAAGGCGACCAAUGUGAGCUUGUCUAAGAGCUGGGAUCUCAGCAUGUUACCUGUUCCUGAUGACGAUGGAUCUGCCGUCACUGGUCUGGUGGCAGCACUCCUGCUCGUGCUCAUCGGUGUCGGCGUGAUUCUGCUGGUCCUACGUAAAAGACGCAUUAAUGGCAGGAGCAGCACGCCGACACCAGAGUCACAGGAGUUGAAUGAUGUUCGUCAGGAGUAACAAUGGAUCAGAACCAGCCGGAUGAGUCCUGCAGUGAGAGGAGAUCAGAGCUUCCACAGAAGCACAUGGAGACUCGGUGGGACCAGAUUUACCGAAACAACACAAACAUUUGUUGCAGGGGUUUGUUGCACUUUACAGAUGGAUCAGCAUUAAAUGGGAUUCCAUUUAAUUCAAUGGAUGGGUUUAAAGAAUUGUUAAUGCCCCUUGCAGCCAAAUCUACAGUGGCCCUGAGAGGUCAAACUUCAACAACAACAACAAAAAAAGCAAACAGAAAACACUGCAGAAGUAGACAAAGCACAACUACAGUGUUUCUGGGGACGCAAUAAUGUGACGGACCGACUGAGGAAGUGACAGAAACCAAAAGAUGUGAAGAAGGCUUUAAGGGUUAAUCUGUGAAAAAUAAUGUAAUAAUAAUGUGUGUUUUAAUCACAUGAUUCAUGUAACACGUUUGCUGUUGGGGGGCAGAGCAGGUCAUACAACUCAGUUCAUUUUUAUUUAUAUACCAAAUCACAACAACAGUCACCUCAAUGCACUUUUUCUGCAUUUUUCUGCUUUUAUUGUGUUUUGUGUGAUUUUGUUUUGCGGUGAUACAUGUGAGAGCACGCCAGUGUUGAACGGAGGUCACAGACUGAACCAAACACUUUUAAAGCAGCUCAGAGCCUGAGAACAUGUUUGGUCUGACAUGAUGCUACAAAUAUAUGUGCUUUAAGUUUACACAUUUUUGACCCUCAGCUGUAAAAUUCUGAUGACGUGGUGUCGUCACAUGGUUGGGCGGGCGACGUGUGCACACGUUUGUGGCUGCGAGAACUUGAGAACGAGGCGAUGUAGGAUGUUGCCGCCAGUAUUUUCUAAACUGAUAACUAAAGACGGCACAGGUACUGAGUUUAAUCGCCUUCAUGUGUCACAUUAGAUGUUUGUGUCUAACAUACAGACCGUCACUGUGUUAUCAUUAACGCUAACCGUCACGCCAUCAUGAGGGUGAGCAGUUAGAAAACAGUAACAAUGAAUCAACAUUAAUGUUGGAGUGAGGCAGCUGAGGGUGACAAUGUUAACAGGAAACACAAUUAUGACACUGAUUUCAUGUUUAAUAAAUCGGUGAAAUAUCUGCUGUCUGACUCUGUGUAUGAGUUUGUGUUUUCACUGUGUGAUGAAGAAUAAUGACGAGGUCAAUAAAAGCAGGACUGACAGGUGUUUAAUAUUUAAUGCUUUUAAUUUGAAAUGAAAGUUAAUAUUUCUGUCUUUUGGGUUUUGUUAAAGAAAUGGGACCAACUUUUGUUCUGUGCUCAGAUCACUUGUUAUACAGCUGUGGUUGUUUUUAAAGUGCUUUAUAAAUAAAGGUGAUGAUGAAUAAACAAAC